AUGCUUAACAUUUUUGGUUUAUCAAAAUAUAAUAAUAAUAAUAACAAUUAUAAACUCUUAGUUGAAACAAAUUCAAAUUUCUUUAAUACCCUAAGAAGGUACAAAUUCUAUUUUAUUGUAACUUUCGCUAUGGUUUUAUUAUUAUCAUCUUUUUUGGCAGCUUUAGCUAUCGUUCCAAAUUCAUCAUCUGCUCAAGAUACUUCAAACUCUAAAACUGAAGCUUUACCAACUUCUAUUGUUCAAGAUAGAACUGGUGUUAUUAAGCCUGCUGAAGAUCAUGAAUUGGAUUAUAACAACGAUAAUAGAUUAGCCUCUAAACAAUUUUUUGAAUUAUUGCAAGAUACCAAUAAUACAUACUAUAAUGAAGAAACUGGUAUCUUGGGUACUUCGUUCUUUUCUCCAAAUGUCUUCAGUAGACAACCUUAUGUUGCUAACGGUUAUAUUGGUUCAAGAAUUCCAAAUAUAGGGUUAGGUUAUGCUCAAGAUGAAAUCACUUUAUUCACUAAUGAAUCAGCCGCUUUGAAUAAUGACUGGCCUCAAUUUAAUCCAAGGUAUGCGGGUUCGUUUGUUGCUGAUUUCUACGCUUUGGAAGAACAUUUAACAAAGACUAACUUUCCUGAAUUGGAUGACAAAGGUUAUCCAAACAUUAUCGCCUCAAUUCCAGAUUGGACCGAUUUACAAUUUAAGAUUGCCAAAACUCCAUUAUGGUUCAAUGCUUUGAACGUCACCGCUGACCAAGUCACUAAUUACUCUCAAAACAUGUCCAUAAAUAACGGUAUUGUGAACACUACUAUGGAUUGGUUAGAUGGUUUAUUACACGUUUCAUCUCAAAUCGUCUCUCACAGAGAUAUUUACCAAUUAGGUUACGUCAAUCUAGAAGUCUCUUUGAACACUGAAAACUUACCAGCUAACUUCACUGAAUGUCCUUUGGAACUUUAUGAUAUAUUCAACCACAGUACUUCAUGGAGAACUUACUUACAAGACUCUGGUUAUGAUGAAAAGAAUGAUGGUAUCUUCAUGAUUGUUGAACCUGACAACGUUCCUUAUAACAAUGCUGCUUUAUUCUCUACUGCUGAAAUUGAACUUCUUUCUUCGACUGGUGAUGUCACUAGUAACGUUUGUUUUACUGGUACACAAUCGAACUCGACUGAUAACAUUGCUUCUCAAACUGCUGCUGUUAUCUUAACCAAAGAAAAUCCAAAGAUUAUAGUAAGAAAAUAUGUCGGUGUUAUGUCUACAACUUUUAGUCUAACUAACAGUAGUAACUUAGAUACUGCUAUUUCUUGUGCAAACGAAUACAAGGGUCAAUAUAAUCGACUAUUAGCUUCCCAUGAUACUGCCUGGGCCGAACUUUACGGUGAUGCUAAGAUUGAAAUUCCAUCUGAUUCCUUCUUGGAACUAGCUGCUAAGUCUUCUCUAUUCCAUUUAUUGGCAAACAGUAGACCUAACAAUGUUACUCAAGAAAGAGGUAUGCUAUUGCCAGUUAGUGGUUUAUCUUCUGAUUCUUACGGUGGUUUAGUCUUCUGGGAUGCUGAUAUGUGGAUGACUCCAGCUUUGUUACCAUUUGCUCCAAAGGUCGCUAAAAACAUUAACAGUUAUAGAAAUGCUACUCAUCACCAAGCUCAAUUGAACGCAAGAGAAUAUGGUUACGCUGGUGCUGCUUACCCAUGGACUUCUGGUGGUUUCUCCAAUUGUACUUCUACUGGUCCAUGUGUCGAUUAUGAAUACCAUCUAAAUGUUGAUAUUGCAUUUUCUACUUUAUCUAUCUUCUUAAGUGGAGCUACCGAGGAUUUAAACGAAGACUACUUGAGAUACACUACUUGGCCAUUAGUUAAGGAUGCUGCUGAUUUCUUCACCAGUUUCGUUAGAGUGAACAACCAAACUGGUAAAUAUGAAACUCUAAACUCUACUGAUCCUGAUGAAUAUGCUAACCAUGUUGACAAUGGUGCUUUUACUAACACAGGUAUUAAGACUUUAAUGAAAUGGGCUACUGAUAUCGGACACCAUUUGAAUGAAGCUGUAGACUCUAAAUGGAUGGUUAUCUCCAACAAUAUCAUCAUUCCAAGAGCCGAAUCUAAUAUUACUUUGGAAUAUACUGGUAUGAACAGUAGUGUCGAAAUUAAACAAGCAGAUGUUACUUUAGUGGUUUAUCCAUUAGAUACUAUUGACGACCCUAUCAGUGCAGCAUACGCUAUUAAUGAUUUGUACUACUACUCUGGUAAGCAAGCUGCCUCCGGUCCUGCUAUGACUUACCCAGUAUUUGUUGCUGCUGCUCAAAGUCUAUUAAAUCAUGGUUCAUCUUCUCAAUCUUACUUGUACAAGGCUAUUGUCCCAUACAUGAGAAUGCCAUUUGCUCAAUUCAGCGAACAAUCUGAUGAUAAUUAUGACACUAAUGGUGGUCUAAACCCAGCUUUCCCAUUCUUAACUGGUAAUGGUGGUGUUUUGCAAAGUAUUGUUUUUGGUUUAACAGGUAUUAGAUACUCUUAUGAGGUAAAUAACUCUACCAAUCAAAUGGAUAGAUUCUUGAAAUUCGAUCCAACUGAGUUAGGCACUCUGCCACAAGGUCUAGCUAUUAGAGGUUUCCAGUACAUGGGUAAUACAAUUGAUUUCAUUAUUGACGAGACUCACGGUACUGUCGUUAACAAGCAAGGUAACAGUUCUAUUACUAUCAAGGUUCCAAAUAGAGAUAAGUUUGAUGAUACAGACAUUCAUUUCUACAUUCCAUCUAACAAGACAUUGCAACGUCGGUCUUCUUACUGUCAAGUUAGAAUUGCUGAUGAUGGUAUUUACUACACUAUUGAACCAGGUCAAGAAUUGGUCAUUCCAGUUUACAAGCCUUUACUAUCAGUCGAAGGUAAUCUAGCUGAACACAGACAAAUUACCAAUCUAACUAGUGGUGUUGCUGGUGAUGUCGGUCUAUCUGCUAUUGAUGGUAAUAAUUAUACUCAUUGGCAACCAGUUGACAAAAAUAAUGCUAAAUUAUUGAUUGACCUAGGUUCUGAACAACAAAUCAACAAGGGUUUCAUUAAUUGGGGCUACAGACCAGCUCAAAACCUAUCUAUUUCCAUCUUACCACAUUCCGAAUUACUAGAAUCUCUGUUUACUAAUGUGACCUACAUUAUUGAAAACAGCAAUGGUACUAAAGAAGAUGCUACUGCUGAAGCUAUGGCUUACUUAGAACAUUAUAUGUCUUCCGGUAAUGAAUCCACAUCUGGUGCCUGCAGUUCUGAUAUUUCUGAUAUUCUAAACUGGAAAUUAGGUUCUUUCAACAACAUGAUUCAAUCCUUACCAAAUAUUGAACCUUUACAAGAAACUUUUAUUACUAUUGUAGAUGACCAAAAGGUUGUUCCAUCUCUUCCAUACUAUUCUGAACUUGAUGUCACGGAUGCAGUUGUUCUGGUACCAAGUAACAUUACUGAAUUUACUGUCGACUAUAGUAAGGUCAAUUACAACACUUCAUUGAGUUGUCUACCAGGUGCAAGUUCUAAUGAUUGGAAGAAGGCCAGAUAUGUCGUCGUUUCUGUACAAGGUACUUAUGACAAUGAUGCCUACCCAUAUGGUGCCACUUUGAAUGAAAUUAUUCUUCAAUCAUAG